ACACUUGAUAUAAAACUGAAAGCUUGAACCUUCAGAAUAAAAGCACCGCACCAAGAGACUGCUAAAAACUGUGAAUUCGGCAUGAGUUACGCACCAUCUUUGUCACAAUACUUAUUUUAAUUUUUGUUUUGUCCUUACAUUAACACUAUUCUGUAUCUGUGUUACAAAUUAAUGGUUUAGGCCAUGGAUACACUCACAGUAAAAUCAUAAGGCUAAAGUGUUUAAUAUAAAAUCCUUUAAAUGUAUAUCUGCGCCAACCAUUGAGUUUAUUUGUAAUUACGUAAAACACAAGUAUUGAUGGCUGCCAUGUGUAGCGCUGUGCAGAUAGUGUAUUUUUGGUGAAUUAUUGCAGUAACUGACUUGGAUUUCGUCGUUAGCGCUUUUAUUUUGAAGGCAGCAGUGUCGGAGUAAGGGGCGGGAACAACAACAGUAGCUGCCGUAGGUACCGCUUACUGUACCUCCCUGCAAGUACACAGAACUACAAAAACAAGUAGUACCGGAGAGUACCAGGUGAGGAGAUGAUGGUGGAGAAUGAGGAGCAGCUAGACGUCCAGCUUGCAGACCUCAGUCUGAAGAAGGACAACUACGAAGGAGAAAGCUUCAGGCUUCACAUGGUGACGUGGAACGUGGCCACUGCUGACCCUCCAGAUGACGUGACCUCGCUUCUCCACCUGAGCUCCCCGAAGAGCCCAGACCUUUAUGUCAUCGGUCUGCAGGAAGUAUAUUCUGGGCCUUUGAGAAUCGUGUCGGACAUAGUAUUCGACGAUCCAUGGAGUCAACUGUUUAUGUCCACCUUAGCGCCGCGGAAUUAUGUCAAGGUGUCGUCCAUGAGAAUGCAGGGUCUGCUGCUGCUCUUCUUCUCUAAACUGGAGCACGUCCCCUUCAUCAGGGACAUCCAGGCUACUUAUACACGCACAGGCAUUUUUGGGUACUGGGGUAACAAAGGUGGUGUGUCCAUCCGUCUGUCCUUCUAUGGCCACAUGCUCUGCUUCCUCAACUGCCACUUGGCUGCUCACAUGAAAUACGCCUCAGAGAGAGUGGAUGAGUUUGAGUACAUCAUGAACACGCAGACAUUUGACUGUAAAAAAGCUCCACAAAUUGUUGACCACAGACUGCUGUUCUGGUUUGGAGAUCUCAACUUCCGAAUCGAGGACCACGGCAUGCACUUUGUCCGCUCCUGUAUCAACAAGGAAACCUACAACCUGCUGUGGAGCAAAGACCAGUUGACAAUGAUGAAGAAGAAAGAGCAGAUGCUGCAGGAGUUUGACGAAGGGCCUCUGGACUUUCAGCCCACAUACAAGUUUGACUUAAACUCUGAUACCUAUGACAGCAGGCUCUACAAGACAUGGUUUGGCUUUAACGGGAAGAAGCGUAAACCUGCCUGGACCGACAGGAUUCUGUGGCGGCUCCGACCCAAAGUCUCACUCCCUGACGAGCAAGAUGAAAACAAGGUUGAAUUGGAUGCAAAGACGCUAAAGCAGCUGGAAGAAGACGAGGAGUACCCGCUGAAGAUCAGGCAGGACUUGUACACCAGCAACAUGGAGUACAGCAUCAGCGACCACAAGCCUGUCGUUGGUAUCUUCACACUGGAGCUGAGGAAGAUGUACAAGACUCCACUGGUGCGUCUGCAGCCGGAGGGGGACUGGAGUGCAGAUAUCGAUGCCAUGGUUGUCUACAGCCCCCUGCAGCCGUUCCCCUCCAGUACCUGGGACUGGAUCGGACUCUACAAGGUUGGAUUCAGCAGUGUGUUGGACUACAUCACCUACACCUGGGUCAAAGAUGACGAGGUGGCCUUCAAUGAGGAAGUCAUACAGGUUUAUGUAAGUAAAGAGGAAAUCCCUGUGCGUGGAGGAGAAUGUGUGCUGUGCUACUACAGCAACACUCUGCAGUGCAUCAUUGGAAUUAGUGAACCAUUCAUGGUCCUUGAGUCAAAGGUAGCCAUUGAGGAAGGUGUGCUGCCUGAGAGGAUCAAUGGACUCGACAGAACUGUGGCGAAUGAUGAAUUUUGGAAGUGACCUGUCAUAAAUGCGGUAUGAUGUAGAGAUGGAUCCAUUUGAGUGAAGACUGCAUGAACAAAGACUUGGUUUCUCAUAACUGUGUUUCUUAAUCUGCCAGUGAAAGAGCAGAUUAGAAAACGCUGCCAGUUCCCACUGUUGCACAACCCCACUGACCUCUUUAAUUCUGCCUGUGUGGCUGUUCUUCAUUUACACCUCUGCACUCAGUACACACUUUUUUCUGGUCUCUAAGCUCACAUUCUCUGUCUACAUGUGAACCAGAGGGAAGGUUUGAUUGAACAAUCCUUCAUCGACUGACUAAAACCUUGACGAUUGGCCUUUUUCACAACAGAUAUAUUGACUUAUAAUAAUAAGGAAAGCACAGGUGUUACUAAUAACAUUAACUGCAAAUAUCUAUCUAUCUACAAAGUGUGACAGUGACCGAGCAACUCCAGGACCCUGAAGCUGAAACAGUUAAAUUGCAUUUGGCCAUCAUUACUUUUAUGAUGUACACCUGCUUUCCUACUAUGGUGUAAAAAUGUCCCUGUGAAAAAGUAAAUUAGGAUGGUCAGUCAAAUAUAAAUUGGCUUUACAUUCAGCAAAGAGAGGUUUUAUUGUACUGUAUAUAAGAUUGUGAUAUGAAAAUACGUAUACAUAUAUACAUAGCAUAUGUUUGAUUAAUAACAAAUAGGUUAGAUGUGUUGAAGAAUGGAAGGUAAAACAUGUUCCAGGAUCUGUACAGACCUGCUGCAUUAUGUGAGGAUGAAGGAAAUGUUGAGGGUCGAAUAUUUAAGUUUGGUGAAAACACUCCAGUUAAACUUCACUUGUGUGCUGCAAUUACAAAAAAGGAAAAGGGAAAUGCAAAACUAACAACUGGCCGUUUUUGUUUACAAGGCACCAUGAUUACACUCGUUUGUUUAUAGAGAAUGGAGUGGAAAAUGAGCAAUCAGAUAUGAAGAGAUCUGUAUCCUUGAUGCCAGUCUGAGGUUACACUUCACCUAGAUGCAUUUUCAUGGCAAAACCAAUAUAAUCCUGGAGCUGAACAAGGAAAUGUCAUUAUUUAUAGCUGCUAACUAUACUGCCCAUGUUCUCAUAUUAGUCAGACUUCAAGCUUUUAAAUUAAACGGGAUAAUCAAAGUCAAAAGCAGAAGCUCCACCGAAAAUGAUAAUUUAGUCCCUGUACAUCGCUUACACUUAAUAGCAUUAACUUAAUCACACUUUCCUACCCACCAGUGACCUACUAACACUUUGAGUGGAGGGGAUAAAAGACAAAAUAGCUCAGAAUUUGAGGAGAAGCAAUGCUUUGUUUUUUCAUGUUUGAUUGUCCUGACCAACAUGGGUCCAAGUCUAUUAUAUUCCUGUAUAAGAGAAUUAUUCCUCUUACAAACAGAACACAGUUUCAUUCUGUGCUUCUUCUUUUCCACUCCUGUCUUUAAAACAUCUUGCAAUAUUUAGUAAAAAGGAGUUCUUUAUUUAGAAAGAUGUGAGGAAUUUGUCAGUUCUGAUGUUAAUCUGUGUACUGUUGUAAAAGCGUUGCUGUAGUUUGUAAGCUGGAUCUGUUCAUGGUUUUAAAUGUUUUGUAUAUUAUGUAAAUUAUUCACAAGGCUCUCAAAAUACCUGACUAGUGUUUUGAACGGACUGCCCUAGAAAGAUGAGAGAAUGUUUUGCAAUUCUGAUUUUCUCCUCUCAGUAUUUUAACUCCGUAGUUCCUGGAGGACUUGAAAACAUUGUCAUACAACUUUCACUUUUCUGUGGCUCAUGUUCAGCUUUCUGUCUCUAGCCUACUGGAACCUUGUGGUUUUAAAAAGGUGUUAGUCAUUCCUUUUAAUGCUGAUUGUGGCAUCACAGUGAAGUGGAGAACUUAAAGAAAUAUUGCACUGUUUAUCGUUCAAGCAAACGUAUUUAUAGGCUGUAUGUUGUUGGCGUGUAUUGAGAAGAUAUAAAUGUUUUUAUUGAGCUACGGGGUUUCAGCAAGUGCCUUUGAAAUGAUUUUCAAUUUACAUUUACUGUACUGUACUCUGCUGCUUCAUUUUGAAACAGUAUGUAUCAUUAAUAUUCAUUUGCUUAUUUAUCCUAAUUUGGUAAGAUUUUCACAGCAUCUUCUUGAUCUAAAAUCCUCUGAAUUUUAAAUAUUGCUGCUCUAAACUUUGAAGGUGGCUUCUACUGAAUGCUGUUAGGAUUGGCUUGCUGAAAUCGUUUAUUUUACUAGCCAGUUUAUGUCACAAGUUUUUUUUUAAACUAAAGAAUGACUUAUUUUCUGAAAAAGCAAUGAAAUGUACUGUAAGAAUACCAAGAAAUUUAUAGCUUUGCCACUGCAAAUAUUAAAUAAGUCUCACUUCA